AUGAUCGAAAUAAAGGCGAAACUGCUACGCGACCAAAGUGCGGUGUUUAUGUGCGGUGAGGUGGUGGAAUGCUUGAUCGAUUUCGUGCAUCCGUCGCUGCCGGAGCACAAGAUUUCACAGAGCAAUAGUGACAUUCUGGAGAACCUGGCCUGGGCAACGGUGCAGCUGCAUUGCUACUGCAACUCGUCGGUGACCGAGCGCUCCGGUAACGAUGCCAUUGCCACGGGUCGCAAUCUAAGCGGGACAACGUCGCUGAAUGCGAGUAACCGAUUCCAGGGAGAAGAACUGUAUUCGACCGAACCGAAAAUAUUGUUCUGCGAUCUGAGACUUUCGCCCGGAGAAGCCAAACAAUUUCUCUAUCGCGAAGCGGUACCGCUGGGCACACCACCGACGUAUCGUGGAAUUCGUGUGAAGUACUACUACAAAAUAACGGUCGCUACCCAACGUCUCGGUUCCACGGUACAGGCUCUUAACAUUCCGAUACGCGUGCUCCCCUUGCCGCUACCUCAGAGCGACCUCGAUGAGGCGAUCACUCUGAACGAUGAGUCCAACGAAGAUCUGGCACCGAACAAUCCGUUUCUGGAGAAGAAACGGCCACCGUCGCGGAUAGAGUACGCGUUACAUUAUCUGCGCGGGGUGACCGCCAGGCGACGGCCGAACUUUUUCAUGAUCAACAACAAGUGGGGGAAAGUCGGUCGGUUCUGUCUGUUCAAAUCAGCCUACAAGCUGGGUGAGGAUAUUGUAGCCACGAUUGAUUUUAGUUGUGGCACGGUGAAAUGUGUCCAGCUCUCCGUUACGCUGCAGUGUGAAGAAACGGAACUCAAGCCCAUGCCGACUGAGCCUGACCCGGGAGAAGCGCCGUCCAGUUCAACGGCUCAAGAACCAGUUGGGAGCGGGGCCGGGGAGCCGGAAGAACGACCGAAGAACACCCCGCGUGUAACGAACUACAGCAAACAUCACGAGGUGUGUCUGGGGAUGCUCCAAACGCAGGUUAUACUGCCCAUCCCGCUGCAUGUGACCCCCACGUUUCGGACGUCGGUCGUCGAGGUGACCUGGAAGCUGCACUUCCAGUUCGUUACCAGCACGAACCCGGAGUUGAGUAACGAAGCGAUGACGGUUGAUCGUACGAGCGAAAACGAGGCAGACCUGGAGUGGGUCGCCCCGACCGACAUUGCGAUAGAAACGAUGAUAUGGAGCCUGCCGAUUACUAUCUACCCUACGGCACCGUUGCAAAUUCCGCAACCCUGCGGCGAGUAUAAACUUCACAUCAAGUGA